UCCAUGGCAACGAGGGUUUGCGUCCACCCACCAGGGCAGCACAGAAGUCACAGCUUCCUGGCGAAAUUAGCGGUUUACAUGGCGAUUAAGUGAACAAAAUGGUACACAAUUAGCUUGUAUAAUUUUCACAAGUUUUUUAAAUUGCUAUUUGACUUGAUUGAGUUUUCGAGAGCUACCGGAAGCUGCCACAAAUGUCUGAAGAAGGGCCUGUAAAAGUAUCCUAUAUUUUCCCAAAUGGGGACAGAUAUGAGGGGGAGUGCUGCAGAUCUGAAUGUGGAGUGAUGGUGAGGAGUGGUAACGGUAAAUACACCUCAGCAAACGGUGUCACCUACAUCGGAGAGUGGCACAAGGACAAGAUGAAUGGCAGAGGGACCUUGCAGCAUCCAUCUGGGGCUUUAUAUGAAGGAGAAUUCAAAGACAACAUGUACCAUGGCACAGGAACGUACACCUUCCCGGACAAAACGGUCUAUAAAGGUCACUUUCAUGAGAACAGGUUGGAGGGAGACGGAGCCUUUAUUAACCCACAGGGACUGGUUUGGACGGGCGACUUUCACGGAAAAGCAGCGUUGGGCCUCAAAAUGCAACACAACAUUUAAGCAAAUGAAGCAUUUUUGCGCUGCUAUGCACAAAACAUCAAAUUAAAAUUAAACUGUAAUAGAAAAACA